AAUGAACUGCAUGCAUCAGGAUUUUGAAAUAGAACACAGGAAAACAUCAAAAACUUGUUUAUUGUUUUUUAAUAUUUUAUUCAGUUUUAAUAAAAGUAUUAUCCAAUUAGUGGAUAUUUUUUUCCUUCAAAAAAAAUGGACGUCCUUUACAUUCUAAAGGUUUUGCUAGUAUUCAUUACUGCUAGAAUUUUUGAGCUAAGAUUUGGGCCAACUCUGUCGUUCAGCAGCCCAGAAGGGACUCCCAGACUUUUCAUACUGUGACUCAGUUAACUCUGUUUAUACAGCCGACUCCAUUCAUUCACUGAACCCAAUCACACCCUCCGAGGUGGCCGAAAGAUUUUAACAGCUUGUCAGGGUAUGCUGUCAGAUUCAUUAGAACUGAACAUUUACAAUUGUUUGGCAUUUUCAAUGUGUAUAUGCAUAGAGACACACAUACACAUAACAGCUGGAAAAAGAGGUGGAGACAUCUGGUCAUUUAGAAGGCAUGCAGCAUCAUCGUAGCUGGCGACCAGUGGAUUCUUAAACUACUUUCAUCAUGUUGAUUCACUGGAGAAAUGAGCUUCCUGAUUCAGACAUGCCAAAUUAUCUACUGGCUCUUUUGUUCUCUGCGCUCACCUCGGCUGCUUUGGAGUGGCAAAUGCUCAAGGAUCAGAAGGAAUUUGCUAUUGGGCAUUGCUUUUGUGAUAUAUUUGGGUUUCCUUGUCAGUCAAGUAGGUCGUGUUGUACCACAAAAUAGAAAAGGACUAUUAAAAGCAAAAUCUUGGAGUCUUCAAGAUGUUGCUCAGCCUCAUUUUUCUGAAAUCCCAAUGGAUGGUACCUGGACAUUUUCUGACCUUGAAAAAUCUCAGAUGGGGACAAAUAACACAUCAAUGUUGCCUAAUGUGGUAUAUAUCACUUUGCGGUCCAAGAGAAGGAAACCUGCCAGGAUUCGAGGCACUGUGAGGCCCAAGCAAAGAAAGAAGCAAGUAUUGCCUUUGCAGUAUGGGAAUAAGAACUCGCUGGAUGGCACAAUCCAACGUAAGUCAUUUUAUGGCAAAUCUAUGAACAAGAGGAAAGGAACAGUAGUUCCAGAGAAAGCUCAGCAGAAACAACAGCAGAAAGAAAAACAAAUGGCUCAAAAUAUAAAGCAUUGGAGACCUGAAAUAAUUAUAAGAGGCCUAAAUGUUCAAACUAAUGUUCAGGAGAGCAAUAUCAGGAUGUACAGUGAGAGUCCACCAUCUUGGCUGAGUAAAGAGGAUAUCCUAAGUAUGCGUUAUAUGGCAGAUUCCAAAAUAAAUAGUAUCCAAGAAGUGCCUUCUCAACAUGGAAUACUUCUGGUAUUUGGGAGAACAGAGCUUGAUAAUAAGUCAGUCAAAGAAGACAUAUGUAGCCAAGGUCACUGUGGCAUCAUCAAGAGACCACUUGACAUGAGUGAAGUGUUUGCUUUCCAUUUGGACAGGAUCCUAAGGCUCAAUCGGACUUUGCCUACCAUAAGCAGAAAAUUGGAAUUUUUACAAGAUGAUGGACCACGCCCUGUCAUUCUUUGGGAUCCCUCCUUGGCUCAGACAGACAAUGAGACACACUCUUCACUGAGACUCACCUGGGAAGCCUACAAGAAACAACUAAAAGAAAAGUGCUGGCAAAAUGACAAAGUACCCAAAGCAGAAUGGAGAUGUACAGAUAUUCAUUACCAUGAAUGGUCCAAGAUGGCACUUCUUGAUUUUCUUUUACAGAUCUAUCAUCGCUUGGAUAAGAACUGUUGUGGAUUCAAACCACGUAAAGAGGAUUCCUGUGUCCAGAAAGGGCUAAAUCUGCAAUGUGAUGACCAAGACAACAUAGCUUUGACUCACAUUAUUCAGAGAAAGAAUAAUCCAAGGCAUUUGGUUUUUAUACAUAAUAAAGGUUUCUUUGACAGAAGUGAAGAUAAUCUGGAUUUCAAAAUAUUACAAGGCAUUAAUGAGUUCCCUGAAUUUGCCAUUUCUGUGCUGAAAAGUCAUCAUUUGCGGGAAAAACUGCUUCAGUCAUUGUUCCUGGACAGAAUUUUUUGGGAUAGUCAAGGAGGGCGCCAAGGCAUUGAAAAGUUGAUUGAUGUUGUAGAGCAGAGAGCCAAAAUACUUCUCACCUACAUUAAUGCUCACGGAGCAAAAGUAUAUCCAAUGAAUGAAUGAUUUUGAAAUCAUUAAAGAGAGAGACAUACUGAUGAAAAAUUUCUUGAUAUAUUUAUGUUGUAAUUCUAUAUACUUGGCUGAAUGCAAAUUCAGUGAACUUUAUGAGCUUAUUUAUACAUUUACUCUGAAAAACAUCAAACAUAUGUGAAUUAAUUAUAAGAUUUCACAUUUUAAAAAUACAUGUUGCUCUUCAUAUUUUUUUUAAAAAAAUAGAUGUUGCUAAUGGAAUCCCGAGGUGUUUUUGUUUUAUAAAAGCAUCCUUAUCUCCAUGGUCGUAUGUAUUCAUAUAUUUGUAUUCAGACAUUGGUGCAAAGAAGACUAGUUUUUUCUAUUCCUCCUAUGCUAAUCUCCAGUUACCUGAAAUGGUACAUUGACUUUGCAGGAUCCUGCUGAAUAGGAUGAGUUUUAAUAUGGGACAGAGAUGAUCCCUAAAAACCCCUAAAGAUUUUCCUCUGCUUGUUUGAUUUUAUUGGGAAUAAAAUAAAACAAUUGGAGAGAACAUUACACUUAUGACAAAAAUUGCAACUCUCUAUUAAUUUCACUGAAAUUGUUCUGAAAUGGUUCUUACGAUAGUUGCAAAUACUUGCUUAAUUAAAAUGCAAAUAUAGUAGGGGCUUUGCUUUUUCCCAAUGAAAAUAAUUGACCUCAAUUAGUGCUGAUAUUUAAAUUCAGCUCUAAUAUUGUUUAGUAAACUCAUUAAAUUCUUUCUUGUAAUUACAAGAAUGUUGUUAAAUUUAUAAACAUAUUGUCAAACUCCAGCUCGAUUAUCCAAAUAAAAGUCCAGGAUUAUUUUCAUCUCAGCAUUGUGCCAAGAGCAUGAUUCGUUCUGAAGUCAAGAUUCUAUUGUACUGUUUAACUAGCAAUAAAGUCAAGGAGAUGAGUUAAAGAAGGUGCUAUGCAGUAUGAAUGCUGAUACUGCAUAACAGUCCAAUUGAUCCCUAGAGCCCAACUUAACAAAUAGAAUCUCAUAUCAGUUACUUGUGGGACAGAGCCUCUGAAUGUCACCAGGGUAUCCCAGGUGACUAUAACAAUUCCACUAUCACUGUCCUGAGAUCUUGGUUGAUACCACACCCAAUCCCAAAUGGGCACAGCUCCAAAAGGGAACCCCAAUAUCCAACAAAGUCUCAGUACUGGACUGUUUUCAGUCAAAGUUCAGGCAGAGCUACAGUGCCGAGAUGGCAUUGGUCAUGCUUGUGGAUGACCUCUGGAUAAGCUGGGGUGAUAGUGUAUCCAUCCUGUCCUUUCUGGAUCACCUGUCAGCUUUCACUAUAAUCAACUACAAUAUCCUUCUGGACCAGCUUUGGGGUUGGGAGUAGGAGGCAUUGUUUAUGAUGUUUUCCCUCUUUUGUCAGCAGUUGCUUGUGGGAGAGGGAAGGAAAGGAAAAGAAGUCUAAUCCUAGGACUCUGUGAUAUUGGUGCUUCAGGGAGUUGGUGUCUCACUAUUGUUUUUUAAUAUCUACAUUAAAUUUCUGGAACAGAAAUGGGUGCAAUAUCCUCAGUAUAUUGAUGAUACCAGUUGUAUAUCUCUACUGGCUGAUCAGUUGUAUAUCACUACUAGCUGAUGAGACAAUACAAUUUUAGUGCUCUUGUACCUAGAGUCUGUAAGAGUCUAAUUAACAAGAUGGAGUGACCAUGGGUUUUGGUAUAUCUGGAUCUGGUGAAGUGCCAUCUUUGAUUCUUGAAAGGGUAGCAUUCCCCUUGGACAGAGCUUGUGCAGAAUUUGGGGGCCUUCUGGACUUAUAGAUGCAGUUCAAGGAACAGGUGGCAGCUGUGGCUAGAGAGUCAUUGCAUAAAUUCAUUUUAUGAACCACUUGUACUCAUUCCGGAAUCAUGAAUCCUGUUUACUGUCACACGUGCCUUGGUCACUUUCCACUUUGAUUACUGCAACACAGUCUACAUGGGCUGCCCUUUAAUAGCCAGAAGUUAUAAUUCUCUAGAAUGUGGUAGCAUAUUUAAAAUUCUGGUUAUCACUUUUAAAACCCUAUAUGGUAUGGGGAAAGCUUAUAUGGAUGAUUGUCUCCCUUUGAGGGUAUCUAAUUGUUUACUAGCUCAGAUAUGGGAGAGGUACUUCAGAUGUCCUUUUCCUUAAAUGUUGUCAUCUAGGAAGUGUGCCUUCUCUGUAGCUGUCCUUGCCUGUGGGAAAUCCAUUCUCCUGAAAUCCAACUAAUCCUAACCCUUUUAACAACAAGAACUGAACCCAAGGUUGUGUUAAAUUAGGUUGGAGCCCAACAAAUGUGAAUGUUCUGAGAGAGAACUGAAGAAGCUUCUUGGAUGAGAAGCAAAACAUUUUCAAAGAAAAAAACCCAAGAAAGUCCAGUUGCCUUUUGAAAAAGCACCUUGAAUCAUGAUCUGGAUGAUUGAGAACCUCCAUAGACCUUUGGAGAAUUUGUCUCUUUAUUUGACAGAGUGCAAUUCAUCUUAGGAUUGAUGUUAAUUGAAUUGUCUAUCUGACUAGUUGGCUGUGAAGUCAGUGAAUAUGAAGAAGGGCUUGUUUGCUCACUCAUUUAGAUAAAUGUUAUACCAAAAACACCUGUAAAUGUACCAUCUUUUUUUUUCCUGUUCUUUACCGCAGCUAUGCAAUCUGCUUCUGAUUCACAGAUUCUUAUUCACUAUCACCAGAUGGACAGUGUUAAACAGUUUUUUUUUGAGGAAUAAGAGCUACUUACAAAAUAAAUAUAUUAGGGAAUUUAAUUGUGAUAGAAAAAAAGAGAUGUAGCAAACAAAAUGAAUGUGGUAUGUUUUUUCAUCCUAUUUUUGGGAUAUGUUUAGCUUUCAAAAUGUUCAAACAUAGACAUUUCCAUUCUCAGAUCACUUAAUAUGAAUGAGUUAUUUGCAUACACACAUUCAUGCCUGUGUUCAAUCUUCUGAAUUUACUUUUAACCAAUUAUAUAUUUUGUGAGGAACUAGGUUGAUCUGUAUUUGUAUUAAUCUCUCUCUGUCUCUAUCUCUGACUCUCUCUCUCUUCUGUAUCUAUAUUUAUUCCUUUCUCAACAUCAGUUAUCAUUUUAAUGAGAUAAUAUUUUGUAAUUAAUAUGCUGAAGGAAGAAUAAGAAGCCAAUAUAGUUCCAAAACAUCUUCAUCAUAUUCCUAAAUAUUAAUACACCUACAUAUUUUUAAGUUCCACUUACAAGGAAGAAAAUUAUGCAGCAUUAUUACAAUGCAGCUCAACUAUUUGUUAAUUCAAUGGCCUCAUUAUUUUG